ACGGAAAAUACGUCAUCGAGUAUGCGGAAGACGCAACGAAAUACGCGAGCGGUGUGAAAUUAAUCGAAGCUUGUUUUUCUUUCUUUGUCAUACAAAAGUUCACGCUUAGCGCACGAGACAUUUAUGAUGCUUUUCAAAUUAUAGUGUCACAGAUCAAGAGUUCUCAUCAUGUCGAAGCAGACCCUGGGGAAGACUCUGCUGCGGAAUGUUAUCCGGCACACUGAUGCUCACAACAAGAUCCAGGAAGAGUCCGAGAUGUGGAAGUUGCGUGGCUGGGAGGUCCAAAUGUCAAACAACAGUCACAUGAGCGCCACCAAGACCAUCAGAGGUCAAAUGCACUGCGAUCGAUUAUCCUAUCAGUCCAGAAUUUCCUCAGAACACGACGAUAGGGAGACUCGAUACUGGACGCGAAAACUCUACGACUUCGAGGAUAACGAUCCAGACAGAUGGGGACACAGUGGCUUCAAGGAGCUGUACCCUGAAGAGUUUGCGAGUGACAGUGACAAAAGCAGCACGGUAAAGGAGGAGGGCCACAAAAGUAAAGCCUCAAAGUCGAAACGCUCCAAAAAGAAGAAGAAAAAGAGAAAGAAGAAAAAAGAGGAAGAAGAGGAGGGAAAAAAGAAGAGUGAAGACGGCAGCGAUGACGACAAGACGAAAAAUCGUCAUAAAAGUAAGAAAAAGGAGAGGAAAGACGAGGACCGGCGGAAACGCAAGAGGAAAAACGACGACUCGCACAAACAUUCGGACUCCGCAAAGAAACACAGGAGGGACUGGAAAGCGGCAGGCCAAGAGAGCACAGAUGAAAGUUCCGAAGAGUGAACAGAAUUCUGUCAUUGGAGUAAAAUAAACUCCUCAGCAUUUUUUUUUUUUAAUAUGUGCAUUUUUUUUUAACGUCAU